CACAGGCGCAUUGCGGCGUGAGAUCGUUUGCUAAGCGCAGCGCGGUGGUUUCGCCUGGCUUGUGUGAUCGGACUCCGGAGAGGGCAUUCCUGGCAACGUUUGCGAGCGAGAUAGAAACAAGCAGUCCAGUAUAUUGUUCGAUCAAUGUUUCCCCUUGGAUUGGGGAUUUCUAACGGGAUAUAAGUUCUUCGAAAGUGCGAGAACGUCGAGAGGCAGCAGAGCUGUGACCCACUUCCCCGGUCCCCGCCUCACUGAUCCCCUGAUGCCCUGUGAGUCAACACACACGCGGACCACGCCCGAUUCACCUGCACAGCUGAUGCCAGGAGGAGAUCUGCCCAGAGCCUGAGAGAAGAGAGACGGCCUACUGUGUAACUGGGCAUAUGACAAGCAGGGUCUCACCAUCCCAGUGAAAGCGAUGUGUGUGGGAGGUGGAGGCCACAGCAUCAGCAGAGUGUGUGUGGGGCUCCUCUCCCACUCCCCUACCCCCCACCCUGGCACGGGAUGCCAGCCCACUUCCCCCCUGCCUUCUGUCCUGCCCUGAGCUCUCUUGGGGCGCCAUGAACACCUACAGAGAUAGAGGGGUCACCUGCACCUCCUCAGACCUGCUAGAGAGGGGUGGAGGGGGAGGGCCUGGGUCCCUCCUCACACAACAUGCCGCCUUCCACCUCACCCUCAACGGCCACCCUGCCCCCUCCUCUGACCCAGCCACCCAAUCCCGUGUCUCCGUUCCCAAGAUGGGCGUCCGCGCCCGUAUUGCUGAGUGGCCGCCACGCCAUGCGCAAUCGAGGGAGUCGCUCCUGGAGAACGGGCAAGGCGCUAAUCACCAUGGAGACGACCCCUCCACGACGACCUCCUCCGCAUCUUUCCCCAUCUCCGAGGUCGGGCUGGUGCGGGGAGGAGUGGCUCGUUUACCGAGGCGACGCACAAAGGACGUGGAGUUCCGUGGUGGGUACGGGGGUGUAAGAGGGUCUCCCGUAGGCCUGCGUGCCUUCCCCCCGUUACGGCAGCGCUCCAACAGCGAGGUGACUCUGAGCGAGCAGGAUGAGAACGAGGUGGAAGGUCGUGGAGGUGCUAAUCUGUUCCGGGAGUAUGGCAGCACCUCCUCCAUCGACGUGCAGGGCAUCCCCGAGCAGAGCUUCUUUGACAUGCUCAGCCAAUUCCACCAGGAGAGGCCCGACCAGCGCAGCACUGCUCCCGUACACCUGGGGGAGCUACUGUACACCAACUCCCCUCCCUCGGCACCCCUCCCCACGGGUCACUCCCCCAUCCCCACACCCCGGGGGGAGGAUGGAGGGAUGGGACGGUCGGAGAACAGGGUGAGGAAGAAGAGUGGGGGGACAGACUCGUCUCUGGGGACAUCCUCUCUGUUCCGGAAGCUCCGCAGCUCCAGCAGAGGGGAGCUGGACAGAGGGGAGGCGGGGGAGGACGGGGGAGGCCGUAACUCUACAGAUACCCCCUACAAACCCUGGGUGUGCCCCAAGAGCUUUGUCCACUACGACGCCCAGAGCAUCCUGUUUGACCUCCAUGAGGCUGCUGCUCAGCGCGCGUAUGUAUCCCAGCGGAGGAACACUGCCACCGGGGCAUCGGCGGCCUCCGUCUCCCUGGCUGUGUCACGGUCCUCAGCUCUGAGUGGGUUGGACGCUACCUACUCCAGCGUUGAGGACCUGACGAUAGGUCUCGACCCCAGCGCGCCCACCCCCUCCCUGGGCGUGGACCCUCUGGACGCCCCCCCCGGUGGCCCCACCUCCAGUCUGCUCCUCCUCAGCUGCCCCCACUUCCGCAACGAGACGGGGGGACACGGGGAGCGCAACGUCAGCUUCCUGAGCUCCUCGGCCGAGCGGGGUGGGGAGGGGGGCGCGGGUGACCUGGCGAGGGGCAGCCUUCGGCGUAGCAACGCCAGUGUGUCGGUGGUGGAGGUACCCAUCGAGCAGCAAGUCACCCGAAUGGACAGGCUGAAACUCUAUAGCAUCGAGCACGUGGACCUGGGGGCACGCUACUACCGAGACUACUUCCACGGGAAAGAGCACUCAAACUACUUUGGCACGGACGACAAGCUGGGUCCGGUGGCUGUGAGUAUCCGCAGGGAGAAACUGGACGACACUAAAGACCUGAAGGACCAGUACCAGUACCGCGUCAUCGCCAGAACCAGUGAGCUGGUGACGUUGCGGGGGUCCAUCCUGGAGGAUGCGGUGGCCUCCACGGGGAGGCACGGCACGGUGCGGGGUCUCCCCCUGAAGGAGGUGCUGGAGCAGGUGGUCCCGGAGCUCAGUGUGUCCUGCCUGCGCCUGGCUCUCAGCACGCCCAAGGUCACCGAGCAGCUCCUCAAACUGGACGAACAGGGGCUGAGUCAGAAGCACAAGGUGGGAGUGCUGCUGUGUCGGGCAGGGCAGAGCACCGAAGAGGAGAUGUAUAACAACGAAGAGGCCACGCCCGCCUUCUCUGCCUUCAUGGACCUGCUAGGGGAGCAGGUGUGCCUCCGAGGCUUCACCAACUACGCCGCCCAGCUGGACACUAAGACUGACUCGACGGGAACCCACUCCCUGUACACCACCUACCAGGGCUAUGAGGUCAUGUUCCACGUGUCCACCAUGCUGCCCUACAUGCCCAACAACCCACAGCAGCUCCUGAGGAAGAGGCACAUAGGGAACGACAUCGUCACAAUAAUCUUCCAGGAGCCGGGAGCGCUGCCCUUCACCCCUCAGAACAUCCGCUCCCACUUCCAGCACGUGUUCGUCAUCGUCCGCGUGCACAACCCCUGCUCCGACGGCACUUGCUACAGUGUGGCUGUGACGCGCAUGAAGGACGUGCCUCCCUUCGGCCCGCCCAUCCCCAGCGGGGUGACAUUCCGUGACCCUGAAGCCUUCCGCAACUUCCUCUUGGCCAAGGUGAUCAAUGCAGAGAGCGCCGCGCACAAGUCCGAGAAGUUCCACACCAUGGCCACGCGCACGCGACAGGAGUACCUCAGAGACUUAGCCGAGAACUGUGUGAGCAGUACGCCGCUCGACUCCGCGGGCAAACUCAACAACCUCAUCUCGCUGGCGUCGAAGAAGAGAGAGCGGGCGCGGGCGAGGGAGGGGGCCGAGUUGGGAGCGGCCGGGGCGGUGGCGUGGAGGGUGCUGGCCCAGGACUUCAGUGGCGGCGGGACGGAGAUCUCCUGCGCUCUGGGCGUGUCGGCAGAGUACAUCCUCCUGGCAGACUGCAACACCAAGGAAGUGGUGUUCAACUGCUUUUGCGUCGACGUGAUCGGCUGGACGCCGGAGAGGCUGGCGCUGAAGAUCUUCUACGGGAGAGGAGACCACAUCGCUGUCCGAGUCCCAGAGGGCUUUGCUCAGGACAUCAGGGAGGUGGUGCAGAGGUUAAAGGCGCUGACGGUGGGCUGUGAGACGGUGGAUAUGACUCUGAGGAGGAACGGCCUGGGACAGCUGGGGUUCCACGUCAGGCUGGAUGGCACCGUGGCCGAGGUGGAGGAGUACGGCUUUGCCUGGCAGGCGGGGCUGAGGCAGGGCAGCCGGUUGGUGGAGAUCUGCAAGGUUGCCGCGGUAACCCUGACACACGAGCAGAUGAUCGACCUACUGAGGACGUCGGUCACCGUUAAAGUGGUGAUCAUACCGCCCUACGAGGAGGGAGGGCCCCGCAGGGGCUGUACAGAGGAGUAUGAGAUGAAGACAAUGGAGCAGAAGCCAGAGCCUGAGCCUGUGGCAGCAGGGUACCGGCCCUCCCCUCGCCCCCCCGAUUGGCGCUGGGACAGCACCGCCGGCCCUCCUGGCCUGCACAGCGCACCCACCCCUCAGCGCUGGACCCCUAUGGGCCCCCCACCACCCCAACCCCGCUCACACAAGGCCAUGGUCAUGCCCGUCCCAUACAGGGAGCCCCAGCACCUCUCCAACAAGAGGCCGGUGAGUUUCCCUGAGAACCACUACUGCCUGUCGCCAGCGGGGGGCGACAGAGUGCUGCCCUACAGGAACCCCUCAGCCAGCUUCUCCUCCCCCUCUGGCCUGGGGGGCAUGGUGGCCCUGGGGGGCCCCGUACUCAGCGGGACCUUCAUACGCUACAAACCCUCACCUGACAGGUACGGUUCAGCCCAGCGCCCCCUGCUGGCCUACGAACCUCAUCUCAGUCUGGACAUCACCUCUAGUGGAGAGUCCUCCUCGGGCUUCACCAGCCAGGACAGCACUAUGGAGCGCUGCAAGACAGAGCCCCUAUGGCAUGUCCCAGCGUCAUCGUCUCGGGGGCCAGGAGGAGGAGGGCAGAGGAGACCCACCCGACAGGACGUCCCAGGGAAAGACUCCCCCAACAGACACUCAAAGGGUGAGACCCAGUACUCCAGCCACUCCAGCAGUAACACUCUCUCCAGUAACGCGUCCAGCAGCCACAGUGACGAGCGCUGGUUCGACGGGGCCGGGGGGGAGAGAGGAGGCCCGGGGGUAUCCGGGGGUUGCCUAGGCGACCUGGCUGAACCUGACCCCGACCCCCUCAGUAAGGGCGGCUCCAGUGACAGCGGCAUCGAUGCCCCCACCCUCUACAACACCAAGCCCGGCGGUCGCCACGGAAACCAGUCCAGCCAAUCACAGAAGCCCCUGCACUGUUCAGCAACCUAUAAUAGCGGGCUGCAGGACGUCUCUGGGGUGAGGGGCAACGGAGUCGAGGGGCGGAGACUAGAGUCGUCACCUGUAUUGCCUGCCAAUCAGAACAAAGGAUACCGCACGCGUACCUUCCCUCCUCCAGGAUCCAACGUGGAGAAGCCAGACUCAUUUAAACCCAGGGCCUGCUAUACACCCCAGGGUUACAAGACCCCUGCAGCAGAGAAAUCACGGCCGGUCCGAGCCGCCACAGUCACGCCUAACUCUGCUCUACUCAGCUCCACCCCUCUGUCCAGCUCCGCCCCCAAGGCCUUAUACAGCAAGAGCAGACUGGGCGCCUGGCAACCAGACGACAACGCCCCCUCCCGUUCAAACACACCCACUACCUACAGCUCUGACAGUAACAGCAGCAAGAAACACGUGGACGUGAAUUCUAAGAACGUGUUCGGACAGCCCCGUCUUCGAGCAUCGCUAAGGGACCUGCGGUCUCCACGGAGAUCCCACAAGAGCACCGUCGAGGACGACCUGAAGAAACUCAUCAUCAUGGACAACCCUGGAGAGAUGCCACAAAGAGACACGUCUCCUCGACACACUCUUCAGCGCACGUUCUCCGACGAGUCUCUGUGCAGCGGGCGCAGGGAUGCCAGCUAUGCCAACUCUGCCCCCCUGUUUGACCAGGGCACUCCCAGCGACCUGCUGUUCACCUGCACCCUACCCACCCGGCGCCAUGCACACUCUGCCAACCACAUGCCCAACAAGAAGGUCCCUCUGUCUGCGUCGGAGCUGUCUCUGACAGAGGUGAGGGAUAAGGUUCCCCCCCUGAGGAGGCUCGACCCGGGGCUCAUGCCCCUGCCUGACACUGCCUGUGGCCUGGAGUGGGCCAGUCUGGUCAAUGCUGCCAAGGCCUACGAGGGUGAGUUGCAAAGGGCAGUGUCGCUCUUCUCGCUCAGUGAGCCUCAAGUUGGGGUUCCAGACAUGCGGCCGAUCAAGAGUCCAAUCCAAUUCCAAACACCUCAGACUCCACGCACUACCCCCACCUUCGGCGGGGAUGAGGUACCCAACGCCCUCUCGGGGCGGCUGUACAGCCUCGAGGUGAUGCUGAAGCAGCUCAACACUGACCUGGAGAAGGAGAAGAAGGACAAAGUGCACCUGUUGGCUGAGAUGGCUAACCUGCGGCAGAAUAACCAGCGGCUGCAGGAAGAGAGCCACUCGGCCAGCGAGCAGCUUCGCAAGUUCAGCAUGCUCUUCACCGACACCCCGCAGAGGAAGUGAGCUCACACAGGACACAGGAAGUGACCUCGGAGAGGGCGUGCAAAAGCAUUCGCAAAGAGGACGUGUGACCUAAGCCGGGGGGGGGGGGGCACAGUGAGUUUCAUGAGUGGGGAAUAGAUUUGUCAGUGAGUCUGGUUAGGUAUGUGGAAGAAUGCAAGUAAGUUAAGGUGUAACAUUAUGUACAAGAAAAUGUGUAACUUUUAAGCAUAAGAGGGGGAAAGAACCCCCACCCCCCCCACCCACA